AUGGCUGGACCUAGAAAGCACUCGAGGACUGGAUGCGUAACUUGUAAGGUGCGCAAGAAGCGGUGUUCUGAGGACCGACCGAUUUGCAACGAUUGUGAUAGACUGGGGUUUACCUGCGUAUAUUUACCCAAGACCAGCAAUCGACAGGUUCUCUCGAGGUACAAGGCACAAGUGGAACAGGAAUUGCUUGGUAAGAAGAACCAUAGGAGGGUUGAUGAGGAUGAAGUGGCUCUUGAUGGUGAAAUUGUCUCGCUUGGCGAAGAUCCGUAUCUAUCACAACCGUUAGCGGACCCUCUUAUGAGUCAACUGGAUCCCGUUGGGGUUCAUCUAUACAGUUACUACCGUACUCAUCUCGCGCAGAUCAUUUCAAUAGCACCUACGCGGCAGAAUUACUAUUUGCAGGUGUUUUUACCAAUGGCACAUCAGCAUGCCGGAAUCUUAAACGGAAUAAUGGCUUGGUCUGCUCAUCACCUUUCGAUCACUACUGAGAAUGGCGAAGGUGCUGAGCAGCAACGGGAUAGUAGCUACCUUGAGCUCGCUAACAAAUACACAUUGAAAUCCUUGGAAAGGUUGCGGUCCGAAGAAACGAACAGUGAAACAUUCCUGUGGACGCUAGCGCAAGUAUUGGUUCUCUGUGCUGCAGAGAUUUGCCAAGGUGAUGUCAAGAAGUGGAAAAUUCUACUCAAGUUUGGAGCUGGGCUCAUAGAGAAGAAUGUUGGCAGUGACAUCUCCAAGCUUUUGUCCUUACGCAGCUCGCAAUCUACAAUGCCUCACCUUGAUUCCAGGACUCGAUAUUGGCUGCUUGCAAAUUUCAUCUACCAUGAUAUAAUGUGCUCUCAGGGCACUUUCUUCGCGACUGAACAGUACAGAAAAGUGUUGUACCAACAGGAACAGGAAACUCCAUCCGUGUCCACUGAGACACUACACUUGGACCCUCUACACGGAAUCAACCGCCCGAUUCUGCUCUAUUUGGGAGAUAUCACGAACUUGAUGAGAAAGAUGAAACAAAGCUCAUUGCCCUUCAACAAGGACCACCCGCAAUUCAGAGAAUAUAUGGAAGCAGCUCACGAUCUAGAAAUGAAACUGCAUCAAGCAGUACCGAAUGUUACAGAUUUGAAAGCUUAUCGAGAAACAUCCAGCGACAAUGAUCUGUGUCUUCACCUGUUCCGUCUUAUGCAAACCGCCGCAUUGAUACAUUUGAAGACAACCUGUCUCAAAUAUUCCAAAUACUGCUUAGAGAUCCAGUACCUGUGGACGCUGCUUUCAGACAGGCUGGAUCUUGUUCUGGGAACUAAGCUCGAGGGGUCACUGUGUUUUCCUAUGUUCAUAUGUGGCAUAAACUGCAUGGAUAAAGAACAGAGAGACUUGGUGGAGUGGAGGUUCAACAACAUAAUGAAAAGAUACAAGUGCUACAAUUUCCAGAGGGCAAGAAUAAUCAUGAGGAAAGUUUGGAAUCAUGAAAACGUCGAUGUCUCUGAUUUAAGAAGUGACAGUGUAUCCAGCCACAGCUCGGAUAACUCGGAGUUCAUGUUCGAUUUAACCAACAAGGAUUGGUACGAUAUAGUGGACGAAAUGGGUUGGGAUAUAAGUUUGCCUAAGGUCUCAAUAUGUCAUAUAAUUUAA